AGACUCUACGGAACUUCAGUCCCUUGGCAGCAUUACUCGAAUACGGAUCAGAUCAUAACUAGAGACAACACAUUUUAGACUAUUUCAAUUUUCCAGUUUUGCAACUCUUUUCAAAAUGUCGAAAUUAUAUCUAAAGGCCAUGGAGGAGGUGGUGCAGCGAAACACGGACAACACCAACCGGAUUACGGAGCAGGCGCAGGGAUUUGUGGUGUCGGAGAACGCCACGGACAGUCUGCUGCACACGUCCUUCGAUUUGACCACGGCCCAGUCGAUUGUGAAGCACCUGCACGCCAGUUUCCUGAAAUUGGCCCAGAGCUGCGUCCGUGAUCUGGACACCGAAGAUAAGCUGUGCUUCCUGCGCGUGAAAACCCGCAAGCACGAAUUCCUGGUUAGUCCCGAGGAUGCCUUCACUGUGACCGUGGUAUUGUAAGCCCUCCAGCCCAGCGAAGGGUUAACACAGGGUGGACAUUGUUGCUUGCUGGAGAAAACAGGAUAGAAACACUCGCACACCCACUCUCGCUACUGCUGUCUCACUUGCUCAUUAUUGUGUUUUUGUUGCGGAUCACCGUACAUGACAUGAUUAAGCCUCCAAACUAAACCAAACUAAACGAGCCAUAAAAUUAUGAACCGAACAUUUAUGCGUGUGACCGGCCAAACUAAAUUAUGUUUAUUAUGUAAUUAAGAUGUUGGCACAGAUGCCGAUGUCAGCCAUUAAAGCAAACGCAAAGCGGGCAAAAAUCCGCAAAAAGCGGAAAAUAA